CUUCACUAGGAGAUUUUGUCAGUGUAUUUCUAUYAAUUUUGACAGUAACAUCAGCAGAUGCUAGACAAAUGGGAAUUCUAUAAUGAAAAGAAGAUUCACAAAAACGGAAAACGAAGAAAAAUCUAACCCAAAUUCGGAAUGCAACUCAUUUUCAAGAGUGUCUUCCUCAARUGUCAUUUGUCUUCUUGUUGUUUUUAGGAUUUUCAACUCUCUAAUUGUACAAACUUGGUUUGUUCCAGAUGAAUUUUGGCAGGGACCAGAGGUGGCRCAUAAUCUGGUAUUUGGUUAUGGAUAUYUGACCUGGGAAUGGAAAGAGGGUUUGCGUGGUGUCUCUUUCCCUCUCAUGUUUGCGGGAGCUUUCAAAAUCCUCCAGAUUCUGGGACUUGACAGCAGAAAWGCAAUAAUACUAGCACCACGUCUUCUUCAAGCUGUGCUUGCGGGAUUUGGAGACUUCUWUGUGUUUAAAUUAUCAGGAAAGUUAUUUGGACAAGCUAGUGCUAAAUGGUCUUUGCUUUGCAAUAUUCUUUCAUGGUUUACAUUCUAUUGCAUUACAAGAACUCUUACAAACUCCACAGAAACUGUCUUCACAACUAUUGCUUUAUACUAUUGGCCUUGGAAUCUCAAGUCUUUCAAAGACACAAACUCCAGUCUUGAUUUAGCUUUGGUGUUUGCAGCCUUUUCUUGYCUCAUAAGACCAACAUCAGCUGUUAUAUGGCUUCCUUUAGGGCUAUGUUUAUUUGUUGAAUGCAAGGAAAAAAUCACCUUUAUUUUCACCAAGGUUUUGCCUAUUGGGUCUUUAGCUAUAUUAUGGUCUGUCUGUGCUGAUAGUUUGUUUUAUGGUAAAUUGACAAUUGUUCAAAUGAAUUUUGUGAUGUUUAAUGUUGUUAAAGAUAUGGGRACAUUCUAUGGAAGUCAUCCAUGGCAYUGGUAUUUUACUCAAGGUUUUCCUAUCAUUAUUUUUACUCAUCUACCAUUAUUCUUGGCUGGAGUUUAUUAUUCUAAAGAAAAGCAAAGGUUUCCAGUCUUAUUGAUUACUUGGGUUAUUACUGUCUACAGUUUCCUUGGCCACAAGGAGUUCAGGUUUAUUUUUCCUAUUCUUCCACUAUGUAURUGCUACUGUGGCUACUACAUYAGCACSCUUACYACUGAUUACACACAGAGCAAAAACUCAAAAAUAUUCAAGUACAAUUGGUCCAUGGUAAUUACUAUAUUCCUGUGCAUCACUAACAUCCCUGUGGCUUUGUACACUGCAUUGGUA